AUGGAGUGAUGGGUUUGUUGGUGCAGCGGUGGGUUUUUCCUUUACGCAUAUCCGACCACCAAUCAAUCAGUGAACGCCGUUAUCUGUGUUUGAUUUUUUCGAACCUUCGCCAAACUUCAGUAUAAAAGGACGUGUUCGAAGUCACCAGGACUGAGCCUGAAGUUGGAUUGGUCUUGGAUUUCACUGUGCACUGAUCUCAUCUCCACAGGUAGAGUAACUUUUCCCUCUGAGACACUUUGUUUCUUUGAUGAAAUGUAAAUCAGCUUUUUUCUUUCCCACACGCAGACAUGUCAGGGAAAGUCAUCCUCGUGUUUGCACUGUUGGUUGCACUGCUUGUGUCUGGUGAAGCCUCCUCACCCAGAGAGGCUAAAGACACUCAUGGACUCAAGCAGCUUCUAGACAAGAGGGCGAAAGUGAGAGACUCCGUUGGCAGAGAAGAGCCGGCGCUCAGACGGACACAGAGACGAACACACCUAUCUGAGGAUGAACGCGAGAUAAUGACGAAACAAAUCAUGCAAGCUAUCUCAGGUAUGCCGGGGGUUGGGGCAUGAUGGCUUUUUGACUGUUUUUUUUUUGUCCUGCUUGUGCCAGUUUGAUUGAAGAGUAUGUGGGCAGAGCUCCAGUAGGACGCUCAGAUCUGUUUACUGAACGCUGUGUGUGGUUCAUGUAGGACUGGUUUGUUCACAGAGCUGAUGAACACGGACUGCAUGUUGGAUCGCGACUACCAGGGCUGGGUGGACUUUGGGCGCCGAGACGUGGAGUGA